CGUGGAAAUCUAUCCCCAUCCUUAGCAGGGAGGUGCUGGUCAUGUGACCCGAUGUUGAAAUUGACAAGCCGCGAGCUAGUCCCGGCUUUUUUUUUUUUUACCCCCUCCCUUUCCUUUUUCCCCCCCCUCCCUCCUCGGCUUCCUUUCUUUGUAGCCACCUCAGGGGAAGCAACAGAUCGUCACUCGGUGUUCUCACCGAAAGCACGUAAUCGCCGGUGUAACUCAUGUUGGCUGGGGGGCCUCCCCGCUCGCAGAAAGGCUGGGGUGCGCCCCCAAGCAGCUUUCCUUUGCUCAGCUGCACGGUCCUGGUCCACGAGCGCUCUGAGGGCGGCAAGAGAGCGCAACUCCUGACGCCUCCCCCCACUCCCCGGUGGGUGAGGGAUGCUCUGGGAUGGGGGUGGCCAGGUGAACGCCCGGAAUUGUGUAGCUUCAGGUCCCGGAGUCUGUUAUCCGAAGGCUUACGUUCAGCACCUUCUUCGCAGUCCCCCUCCCACAGACUUGCUCUGGAAAGCACCUCAGUCUCAGAAUCUGGCUGGACCCCAUUUGGGGCCAGGCUUCGCAGCCACGGAUGUGCCGGCCUCGUGGCUUGUCCGAUUUGCACGGUGACUUGAUUACACGCUCUCAUUCAUGGUCACUUCCGAAGCGCUUUAGUGCCUUCCGUCCCCAAACCGCCAACAGGCAAAGCGGCUUUCCUCCGCGGUUUGUCAAUAAUCCGCGCUGUCCGGAAGGGCCUUCGCCUUACCCGGGUUCCACCUUCCCUGUAUCUUUCUGCUUACUUCCUCAUCCCACACUCUGUCCUUGGAGGAACCCCUUCUCCUCGCUGCCUGUAGGGGUUCGGAGUGACUCCACAGAGCCAGAGGCGCCUCUGCUCACCGGUCCGCAAGCUGCCUGGUCUGCUGAAGCUGACGAAUCGGGAAACCAUGCAAUUGAGGCGAACCUUGGGCUGCUUUAGAGGCGCUGAGGAGCCUUCUCCUGGGAGGCCCAAGGUCGAUUUCAGCCCACCAGGAUCUGGGGAAGACCCAACUAGGGGUAAGAGCACACCGGAAGGCCAAGUCCGAGUUCCAGUCCUAGAAGAGGCGGCUGCGGGCAAGGUUAUGACAUUGGCCCUGGACACUGGUUUCCCAGGAGCUGUUCUUUCUCAAGAACUCCACAGCACGGGGCUGUCUCCAGAAAAUACUCUUCAACGUUUAUUUCCUUUAAUCGUCAACCCGGAGCCCUACCGCGGCUAAUGCAAGAGGCCAAAAAUGUUUGGAGGAAGAAAAACAAAGGCAGGAAGUGGCCGCGGCCUGACGGUGCGUGUAUGUCUGUAAAGAAGGGAGGGGGCCGGUUCAAUCUCUUCUUGUUUUCCCGAAUUUCAAGGUUUAGGCAGACCCCCUUAGGGCCUGGCCGAGGCUCACCCGGCGCAGCAUUUGGAGGUGGCCAAUGAGUAAGCCUCGUCGGGCUGAAAGGCUAAGAAGGAGAUUUGAUCGGCAGAACAAACCAAGCCUUUUCGGAGGUUUCUUCUGAUUUGGUCCUAAAGGGUAUAUGCUAGUGUCCACAGCGGCUCGUGUGGCUGCUGUUUUCCUCCUGUCGGACUAAAUGUACCAAGAAGGGAGAGAGAUUGAGGCACCUUGCUCGCUCCUCUCUCCUUCCGAGGUAGAAUAUCAGAAUAAAGUGUAUUCAGGUGCCUCUGCUGAA